AUGGCAACUCCAUCCCCAGUGCCGUCGAGCUUGUCACCUCCGCUGACUGUGGAUAUCGAAAUCAACCAUAAUGGGGUUAUUACAGUCAUCGCUUCUUUUUCGUUAUUUUUAGUCCUGGGAUCUCUAGGGAUUCGUGUGUAUUCUGCAUACAGUAGAAGAGUCCGUCAGUUGGAUGAUUUGACUUUCGCAGCGACUGUGGCUGGGUACAGUGCAGAUAUCCUCUAUAUCGCGAUAUUAUCUUCUUCAAAAGCGUCAACAGCACUUUUUUACCGGACCAUUACUCUCCGUAGCUCGAUAUGGAUGACCUACACUCUUCUCACAGUUACUCUACUCUGUGCGCCUGUGGCUAUAGUCUUGCUGGCAGUCCGUUGUGAUCAACACCCGUGGCGUGACAUCAGCAAACAAUGUUCAGUUCUGUUUCCUCACUGGCAGGCCAUCACAGGCUUGGAUAUUACUUUUGAAAUCAUUCUUUUACUCUAUCCCAUCCGCGCAAUAAUGCGACUGCAGACGACACUGAGCAACAAAGUCAUCGUAAUUCUGGUGCUUAGUUGUCGAGUCCUUAUCCCUCUCGACGCGAUCCACCUCCAUUACAUGAGCCAACAAGUCAAUUCGCCAGAUCCAACACUCGAAGGAACCUUCGCUACUGUAGUGGCAGAACUCCACGUGGCAUUCAGUGUUAUUGUACUGACGGCACCAUUAAUGAAGCCAUUCGUUGCAGCCUACGUGGACGAGAACGGACUGGCCUAUACCGACGACGCGUCCAAGUCACGAACCAAUAAUAAACUCACACCACACUCCGAUCGAUCGAAUGCGACGUAUCCCGGGUUGCGGACGAGUAAUUCUCCGGCGAAAAAUCGCAUCAUGAAAAGCAUUGAAAUAUCUGUGGAUCACGAUGAUGUGGAGCUUUUGGAGAGACGAUGA